AUGGUGUCCGGCAAAUCAACCCCGGGUUCACUUGAAAUCAUCGAGACGGAAGAGAAAACCGACACUGUUACGGUGUACGCCGUCCCCGCUAAGCACAACGGCGGCGGCCCAGCUGAACUCAAAGCCGAGUUACCGCAGUAUUACACCGCUCCGCCAUGGAAGCUAAUGUGGGAUGACCUUUUACUGUUUAUCAGAAAAGCCCACCUCCUUCCUCUUGUUGUCCUCCCCCUCUGGUAUCCCCCCCGCCGGGAUGCAAAUUAUCCGAAGCUUGACCGCAAAUGGGUUCCUCCCAUGAUGGCUUCAACCACAAUCAUCAAUAUUGUGGACGCCUUUCAGAGCGUUUUUCAGAGAUUGGUUGACCCUAUGUUCCCCUCUGGAGAGAUGGAUGAGCUCUAUCCCUCAGUUGGAAAUCUCAUUUGCCUUGCGGCGCAUACGGUGCUCAUUGGAACCCAAUUGGCCUUUCUCGUUUCACUACCUCUCCUGGCCUUCUUCCCGUUCCACGUGUUUCUUCCUUAUUUUAUUGGCUUCAUCUUCGUCAACUACAUUGCAUGUAUUCCUCUUAACGCCGGCUGUAAUGGAGGAGUGCUCUUGUCGAGAGUGACACAGAAGGGGCCUGAUGAUGAGCAAUGGCUUUUUCUCAACGGAGUUUCGGUUGGCACGCAUUGGCUGCAGGGAAACCUGGAUAGACUGGACAGGACAUUUCACCGCCCUAUUCUGGGUAUCCACAACGAGACAGCUGGAAUCAUCUUUGACGUAAUACAAUGCCUCAUUGAGAGAUGCUUCUACUACGGCACUUCCGACACCCGAGCCUGUUAUGCCCUCAUUGCCGGAGCUCUGGGGGACCCAAAGAAGAACAGAGUCAUUCUUAUUCUUCAUUCUCAGGGCGCACGCUGGGGUGUAACCCAUUUCAAGAAGAGAGCCAAGACGCAGCGAAGAGAUGAAAAGGCAUACGGUCCUAUCAUGGACGCUCUUUCCCAAACCCCCAAGAGACAGAAUUCGUUCCAAGGACGUCUUUUUGAACUGAAGGGCAAAUGGGGCCAUUUGCUUAACCAGCAUUAUCUCGACAGAAUCCUGCCUCUAAACCGCACGUUGACUGCCGUCGAAGAGGGCGACAACCAUGAUUUCGAAACCUAUCUUGAUGAGAAAAGGACAAUGGGUAGACUGCUCACCCACAAAGACCACUCCAGGAUCAUGAAAAACAGCAAGCUCUGGAAAUACGUCAACGGCAAGAGGCCCAAUGAUCUGCUUUUGACCAACGGCUCCAAUUGA